UGUUGUUGACAGGUGUUUGUUUCCUCGAUUCCUCCCACCACAGAAAAGUGGGUCAAAUAUUGAAAGUUUUAAACUAAACAUCGGUCGUCCCGUUACUUAGAAUGUUUUAAGACUUGAAUUAAGGCUGGCCCAAUGCCGGACAUUUGUAUAGCGGCAAGUGAAGUGAACACACACCACCAUGUUAAAUAUCCUGGACAUAGCGUUCUUAGGAUUGGCUUCUGCAGUGACUUUUACGGGUUUUCUCAUUAAUAACUUCGAGAAACAUGUGCCGGCGUUCAUAAUUAAAGGGUUUAGGUACGGUAGUUUCGCCUACAAAGGUUCUGAUGCGAAUUUCCUACAGUUAAUUGAGAUACCUAAGUCAUGGUACCGACAUUUUUAUCUAUUCGCUACGUGCUUCGGAAGUGUUACUCUAAUUUACAUAUUUGCUGUUUAUUACCUGAACUACGGUGUACACAAGUACGUCUCGUUCUUCUUGAGGAUAUUUCUUGAGCAGGAUGAACCUUCAGUGUCUGCAACGGCAGUGAUGAUAGUAAUGUCUCUGCUCAUGGUGCAAUGUGUGAGAAGGUUCUACGAGACAUACUUCGUGCAGGUGUUCGCCAAGUCCAGCAGAAUGAACCUGAGCCACUACUUGGCGGGAAUCAUUCAUUACUUCGCUUGCUUUGUGGCAGCUGUGGGGCAAGGGCCACUGUUUUGUGGUUCCCAAAACAGAGAAAAUGUAAACUGGAAUGACACAUCAACCAAGGUCUUGGCUGGUCCAUGCAUUGCCGUUUUCCUCUGGGCCUGGUACGAACAAUACCAAAGCAACUUGAUUUUUGCAAACUUGAGAAAAGACAAGAAGUCCGGUGAAGUGGUCACAGAAGAUCAUGGACUGCCCAAAGGGCGAAUGUUCCAAUAUGUGUCUAGUCCACACAGGAUGUGCGAGUUGUUGAUGUAUACAGUUCUCCUGCUUUUGAUCCCAACUAAGACAUUUUUCUGCAUUUAUCUGUGGGUUCUGGCAAAUCAGAUACAAACAGCUAUUCAAGCACAUGAGUGGUAUAAGAAGACAUUCAAGAAUUACCCUAAGGAAAGGAAUGCUAUUUUCCCUCAUGUUCUAUGACAGGUCUGAGCUGAGAAAAUCUCUGAUUAAUGUCUAUUUGUAGUAGGAA